AGGACAGCAGUUUUUUAAAGUUAUGACAUUUGUGUUUCUUAACGUAAUAUGUAAUUGUUGUACUGUGUGUGACUAUAGUUUUGUUCAAAGUUGUGUUAGUGUAUGCAAGUUGUUUUGUCUGAAACUUUGUUCCCACUGCUGCUGUUGGACCAGGUCUCUUGAAAAAUAGAUUUUAUCUCAAUGAGAAAGUAUGUGGACACCUGCUCGUCGAACAUUAAGCCACAAGAGAAUUAGUGAGGUCGGUCACUGAUAUUGGGCGAUUAGGCCUGGCUCGCAGUCUGCGUUCCAAUUCAUCCCAAAGGUGUUCGAUGGGGUUGAGGUCAGGGCUCUGUGCAGGCCAGUCAAGUUCUUCCACACUGAUCUCAACAAACCAUUUCUGUAUGGACCUCGCUUUGUGCACGGGGGCAUUGUCAUGCUGAAACAGGAACGGGCCUUGCCCAAACUGUUGCCACAAAGUUGGAAGUACAGAAUCGUCUAGAAUGUCAUUGUAUGCUGUAGCGUUAAGAUUUCCCUUCACUGGAACUAAGAGGCCUAGCCCGAACCAUGAAAAACAGCCCCAGACCAUUAUUCGACGAAUUUGACGAACUGACUUGUUGGAAAGGUGGCAUCCUAUGAAGUUGCCACGUUGGAAGUCACUGAGCUCUUCAUUAAGGCCAUUCUACUGCCAAUGUUUGUCUAUGGAGAUUGCAUGGCGGUGUGCUCAAUUUUAUACACCUGUCAGCAACAGGUGUGGCUGAAAUAGCCGAAUCCACUAAUCUGAAGGGGUGUCCACAUACUUUUGUAUAUAUAGUGUCUAUUGUAUGCUAAAAAAUAAAUAAAUAAUACUAAUACAAUUGAUUUUGUUUAACAGUAUCAAUAUCAACAAAAAAAAGAUAGGGGUCAAAAUGAUUGGAUUCUCUGUUUUCAAUACUCUAGCACCCCCUAUCCUGUAUUCAAUACUCUAGCACCCCCUAUCCUGUAUUCAAUACUCUAGCACCCCCUAUCCUGUAUUCAAUACUCUAGCACCCCCUAUCCUGUUUUCAAUACUCUAGCACCCCCUAUCCUGUUUUCAAUACUCUAGCACCCUCCCCUUGCGAGGAUAACAACACCGAACCUUUUUUGGACAACACAUUGGGAGGGAUCUUAGACCAUUCCUCCGUACCGAAUCUUUACAGAUCCUUGAUAUCCUUCGUCUGCACUUUUGGACUGCCCUCUUUAAUUCCAUAGCAAAAUGUUGAUUUUUUUUUUUACAUUUCUACAUUUGUCAUUUAGCAGAUGCUCUUAUCCAGAGCGACUUACAGGAGCAAUUAAGGUUAAGUGCCUUGCUCAAGGGCACAUUCACUGAUUAUUCACCUAGUCAGCUCGGGGGUUCGAACCAGCAACCUUUUUGGUUACUUUCUCAAUGCCCUUAACCGCUAGGCUACCUGCCACCCUUAUUGUGAUUUUUGUGGUCAAUUAACCAUUUCUUUGUGGAUUUUGACGUGCGCUUGGGACUAUCGUCUUGCUGGAAGAGUCACUUGCAGCCAAGUUUCAGCCUGCUGGCAGAGGCGACGAGGUUUUUGGUUAAAAUGUCCCGGUACUGGGUAAAGCUCAUGAUGCCGUUGACCUUAACAAGGUCCCAGGACCAGUAGGAGAAGAAUAGUCCAUAACAUCAAAGAUCCACCGUCAUAUUUUACAGAAGGGAUGGGGUUCUUUUCCGAAUAUGCAUAUUUUUUUAGACGCCAAACCCACCACUGGUGUGCAUGGCCCAAAAAGAUCUGUUUUCAGGUCAUCUGACCAAAGCACCGGUUCCAAUCCAAGUGCCAAUGCCGUUUAGCAAAUCCAAGUGCCAAUGCUGUUUACAGUCUCCGGACUGGAACCCAAUUGAAAACCUGUGGCUUGAAUUGAAGCGGGCAGUCCAUAAGUGCAGUGAUUUGGAAAGAUUCUGUAUGGAGGAAGGGUCUAAUCUCAUAAAACAUUUUAGAAAACGGCUCAGUGUUAUCCUCACAAGGGGAGGAUGCUGGAGGAUUGAAAACUGUAUUUUUUUAGAUUUUUGUAUUAAUUGUUAAACGAAAUGUAUUUCUCUGAUCAAUUGUGUUAGUAUAAUAUAUAUCUUCAAUUUUUUGAUAUAUAUAUUUUUUUUAAUAAUAAUUUUGGACCCAGCUGUGUAUCUAGUUCUUUUAUGAACACUGUUCCUUUAAAUAUUGUUUCUCAUUACAAAUACAAGGAGAUGCUUUACUUUGAUAUUCUUAGUGUUUUUCUCUGCUUUGUUCUCUCUCAUCUAUUAAACCCAACCCCCCCUUCAACCUUAUGAAUUAUAACACUUCUCUCUAUAUAUUCUAGUCUAACCCAACUCCCCCUUCAACCUUAUGAAUAAUAACACUUCUGUCUAUAUAUUCUAGUCUAACCCAACUCAACCUUCAUCCUUAUGAAUAAUAACACUUCUGUCUGUAUAUUCUAACCCAACUCUCCCUUCAUCCUUAUGAAUUACAACACUUCUGUCUAUAUAUUCUAGUCUAACCCAACUCCCCCUUCGACCUUGUGAAUUAUAACACUUCUGUCUAUAUAUUCUGGUCUAACCCAACUCCCCCUUCAACCUUAUGAAUUAUAACACUUCUGUCUAUAUAUUCUAGUCUAACCCAACUCCCCCUUCAACCUUAUGAAUAAUAACACUUCUGUCUAUAUUCUAACCCAACUCUCCCUUCAUCCUUAUGAAUUAUAACACUUCUGUCUAUAUAUUCUGGUCUAACCCAACUCCCCCUUCAACCUUAUGAAUAAUAACACUUCUGUCUAUAUAGUCUAACCCAACUCUCCCUUCAUCCUUAUGAAUUAUAACACUUCUGUCUAUAUAUUCUAGUCUAACCCAACUCUCCCUUCAACCUUAUGAAUUAUAACACUUAUGUCUAUAUAUUCUAACCCAACUCCCCCUUCGACCUUAUGAAUGAUACCACUUCUGUCUAUAUAUUCUAGUCUAACCCAACUCUCCCUUCAACCUUAUGAAUUAUAACACUUCUGUCUAUAUAUUCUAGUCUAACCCAACUCCCCCUUUUUUUUUCCUUCCAGGAAAAGUUGAUAGUUUCCAACGAGCAGGAGGUGUUACGAGUCCACUACCGGGCUGCCAGAACGCUAGCCAAUCAGACACUCCCGUUCAGUGCAUGCACCGUGCUAUUGGACGCCGAGGUGUACAACAUGCCUCAGGAUGCCCAGGCAAGUGGCAUGAUGUCACGCACUGUAGAAUCAGUAAGUUGGCGUCGAUCACAUUAAUUUCAAAUGUAUAAUGUGUACUGUAGAAUGGAUAAGUUGGCAUCAAUCAACUAAUCAAAUGUAUGUAUAAAUCAUUUUUACAGCAGUUGGCGUUUCCAUUUGAGUAAUUCAGCAGUUGCUUUUAUCAUGAUGGUUUUAACAGAACUCGAACUACCAGUUUUAAUAUACUGACAGUUCUGAAUAACGUUGUGCUGAUGGUGUUUACAUUUUGUGUGUUUGUUUGGUUUCCAGGGUGACCAAGAUGGCAAGACGUCGGUGAGGGAUCGUUUCAACGCACGCCAGUUUAUGUCCUGGUUGCAAGAUGUGGACGACAAGUUUGAUAAACUCAAGGUGAGAUUUCUCUCUGUAAAUGUGUGAAAAAUGUUAUCCGUAGUACCUGCAACCUGGAAGUAGAUUUUGAGCAUGGCAUGGAUGUUCAUGACUUUCAUUCAUCCUAUAUAACCACUUAACUCUUGAAUAUUUCAGAAAUGACCUCAAAUUUGAAAUGUAUUCAUUUAGCAAAUCAAACAUAUCCAGAGUGUCACCCAAUUGUUUGAUUUAAUAUUUGAUGUAUUCUCUCUCUCUCUCUCUGUCUCUGUCUCUCUCUCUCUGUCUCUCUCUGUCUCUCUCUCUCUCUGUCUCUCUGUCUCUCUCUCUCUGUCUCUCUGUCUCCUCUCUCUCUCCCCCCCUCUCUCUCUCCCCCCCCUCCCUCUCUCUCCCUCCCCCCCCUCUCUCUCUCUCUCUCCCCCCCUCUCCUCUCUCUCCCCCCUCUCUCUCUCUCUCUCCCCCCCUCUCUCUCUCUCUCCCCCCCCCCCUCCCUCUCUCUCCCCCUCUCCCCCCCUCCCUCUCCUCCUCUCUCGCCCCCCUCCCCCCUCCCUCUCCUCCCCCCUCACUCUCCUCCCCCCUCCUCCCCUCCUCUCUCUCUCCCCCUCCCUCUCCUCGUCCUCUCCCUCACCUCUCUCUCUCUCCCCCUCCUCUCUCUCAUCCUCCCGCACUCUCUCUCUCUCCCCCUCCCUCUCUCCUCUCCUCUCCCCCCUCUCUCCUCUCUCCUCCCCCCCUCCUCCCUCUCCUCCCCUCUGCCACCCUCUCUCCUCUCUCCCCCCCUCUCUCCCCCUCACCUCUCCCCCCCUCUCUCUCCCCCUCUCUCUCCUCUCCCCCCCCCUCCCUCUCGUCUCCCCUCUCCCCCCUCACUCUCCCCCCCCAAUCUCUCCCCCUCCCCCCUCACUCUCCCUCUCCCCCCCUCCCCCCCUCUCUCUCUCGCCCUCUCUCCCUCUCUCCCCCCCCCCCCCCUCUCUCUCUCCAGACGUGUUUGCUGAUGCGGCAGCAGCACGAGGCAGCAGCUCUAAAUGCUGUGCAGCGUCUCCACUGGCAGCUGAAACUCCAGGAGCUGGAUCCAGCCAUGUACAAGUCCACCUCCAUCUUCGACAUACCCGAGUUCUACAUCCCCCUGGUAGAGGUCAACGACGACUUUGACCUCACGCCCAUAUGACCUGUGACCCUUGACCUUUAGGCUACGACCCACGGUCAGGGUCAGGCAGAAGGAUCAUCUAGUGGCCAUCUACCUCUAACAGGGAUGAAGAGAUGGUGGGAUGGAGGGGUCAAACGUUAGAAGGAAUCAAGUCAGGAGAAGAAGGAAAGAAAAACAGGAAGCACUUGGAACAGAGAGCGCCACUAGUGUGUGAGAGAGCGCCAC